AUCAGGAAAGUCAAUUUCAACUUCAUCUCAACCAAAGUAUUAUCGAAUUAAUCCUUUAAUCUGACAGCGACAACCGCGAAGUAUCCUCUCCACGCCAAAUCAAUUGAGAAGAUUGGAGCUCAAAGAACGAUUAAAUCAGAUCCUCUCCAUCUACUUGGCCACGUCACCCAGUCUCCUGUAGGAGUUGUCGGCGGCAUAUUGGAAGCUCCUACAACCUACAGAACGGCGCUACUAGGGCAAAAGUACCUGGCAUCAAAGCUCUCUACCUAUACCUUACCUUCUGGCUUAGGUAUUAGGUAUCUCUUCAUCUUCGUAUCCUGCUUGAUCAGAUCCUACCUUAUCAUUACGGGAAAGAACUCAAAAUGUCGGAGCUCACCUUCCCCGCAUCCUCAGCAGCUAUGCUAGAGUCCAGACUUCCGCCUUCAACAACAGCGUCUGGAACGUCACGGCCGUUUGUGACACUCACAUUUGCAACUUCGCUUGAUUCAUCGCUUUCUCUGGCACCUGGCGUCCGCACUCGACUCUCCGGGCCCGACUCCAAAGCAAUGACUCACUACCUUCGUUCACGACAUGAUGCUAUUCUCAUCGGCGUUUCUACUCUCUUGGCCGAUUCGCCUGCCCUGAAUUGUCGUAUCACUGGUGCUACAAGCCAGCCUCGGCCCAUUGUCAUUGAUCCUCAUCUCCGAUGGGCUCCUAGCAGCUCCGACAAAGUUCUAGAGGUUUCUCGCCUCGGUAAUGGUUUAGCUCCCUUUGUCCUGACUGGUGUGUCUAGCCAGAACUUGCCUGCUGAGAACGUUGCACUACUCGAUCAGCAUGGCGGAAAGUAUAUCCAUGUUCCGACUACACUAGGGCCCAACGAACGCAUGCGCUUUGACUGGCAUGAUGUAUUCAGAGCCUUGCAUCAUGCAGGCCUCUCCAGCGUCAUGGUCGAGGGAGGCGGCCAAAUUAUCAACUCCUUGCUUGAUCCUCAAUAUCACGAACUAGUUGACUCCAUUAUUAUUACUAUUGCACCUACUUGGCUUGGUCAAGGAGGCGUUGUCGUGUCGCCAGAUCGCCUUCAGGAUCCAGCAGGUGUCCCAAUUCCUGCUGCGCGGCUAUCGAAUGUCUCAUGGCAUCCUUUUGGUGAAGACGUUGUCUUGUGUGGCAGGCUGCACGCUUAGUGCUUAAAGCUAGGCUAUAUUUAUAUACAAGCCUCUGAUUGAGUUUCAGUUAUCCCUCUGCUCUUCUCAACAUGUUUCUUGGAAACCCUCCUUGCUUACCUUGUCCUUCAACCCAAAC